AUGAAAAAUACCUGCUUUCUAGCCACUGGAAUUUUCCAUUUAUGCAUUAUUGCAGUAGCUGGAAAUGUCAUAAACAUUGGUUCAGUGCUCAGAGAUCCAAAAGAAACCUGGUCUUCACCCAACUUCAAUUUUUCAUUCGGUUUCAUUCCCUCUUUCUCUGACCCCAAUCUCUAUCUGGUUGGAAUUUUCUUCUCGACACGUCCUGUAUGGACGUCGGGUGCCGAACCUGUAGAUUCAGGUGCCUCUCUCUCUCUUCUUUCUGAUGGAAAUCUUUGUCUCUUCAACGGCUCGGGCACCCGAGUUUGGGAUUCAGGUACUGCAAACAUGGGUGUCUCCUCUGCAAUUCUUGAAGAUUCAGGUAACUUUGUCCUUAGAAAUGGCAGUGGUUCAAUAUGGGAAACCUUUGAACAUCCGACUGAUACGAUCUUGCAAGGCCAGAACUUCACUCUAGGUAUGAAACUGGCAAAUGGGUUGUAUUCAUUUUUGUUUGAAAGACCAGGGAAUUAG